CCGAGAUGCACCCACGUAUAAAACCCAUGCACCCCCGUCAAGUCUCUGAACCUUCCCCAUAUGCAUCUGCACUUAGGGACUUGGCUGCGGAUUGCCCAUUGUCACAUCUUCUGCGUUCUUCCAGUACCCAAGGCUAUUAACCUGGCCACCAACGCCUUUCGGACGCCGUCUUUGGAGCAGAAGCUGUUACAGUUGCCUCGCCAAAGUAUAAAGUGUAGAGGUAUCUAAGCGUGCUGCCGCCAUUUAGGCACGAAAGGAGAGCUAGGCACGCAGGGAACAAGAAAUCGAUAACAAAAGCUCUUCAAACAUGGCUCAUCCGUAUCCUCCACCCUCCAUCUCAGGUCUCGAAGGCGCCUCUCGCGCGACCGUUGAAGCGGAUGCCCCUUCCCUCCUCUCUAUCUUUGAGAAACACCCUCGCCUACCCAUCUUUACAAGCUCCACCCCCGGGUUCGAAGACGUCCGUCAGACAUGCAACAGCAAUGUUACCAUCCAGCCCCUGGCAAUCGUGCGCCCUCGCACCGAAGCCGAAGUCAGCUCUGUUGUUACACACUGCGCUGGACAUUCACCACGCAUACCCCUUGCGAUCAAGGCUGGCGGCCAUGAUAUGUGGGGGCGCAGUCUAGUCGAGGAUGGCGUCGUCAUUGACCUCCGAGCCUUGGAUCAGGUCGAAGUUGCUAAAGAUAGGUCUUCUACUCGGAUCGGAGGCGGCAUCACGGGCGGCGCACUCAUCAAGCAUCUCGAAACCAUGAGCCUGAGCACUCCGACGGGCUUCUGCACCGGGGUGGGUUAUGCCGGGUGGGCUCUGGGUGGUGGCUACGGCGUUUUGCAGGCAAAGUACGGUCUGGGCUGCGAUCAGAUCCUCGCCGCCCGCGUUGUGACUGCCUCUGGCGAAGUGGUCGACACCAAGGACGACCGGGAGCUUCUGUGGGCACUUCGUGGUGCCGGAAAUGGCAACUUUGGAGUGGUGGUUGAGUUGACGAUCAAGGUCUACCCCCAACCCAGGAUGCUAGGUGGAUACUUGGGGUACUCUCUCGCAGAUGCUCAGAGUGUGUUUGCCAAUUUCAAGGAUUCGAUUGCCGAAGAAUUCCCUGAUGAAUUCUCGGGAGACUUCCUCUGCGGCUAUGUGCCGGGUCUUGGGCAGACCAUCUUGAUGUUGUACACCUGGGUGCAGGAGGACGGCGAUCUCAGCAAGGCGAAGGCUCACCUCGAAAAGUUUCAAGCCAUCGGGGACGUAUUACAGAACACCGUCGCGGAGACAACCCCCUACGGCUUCGCCUCCUCUCUCGACCCUGUCACAUCAGUUCUACUUCCAUAUCACUUCCGCACACGCACUGUCAAGGAAAUAACUCCAGAGCUCGUCCAAAUCUUCCAAGAGAUUGAGGGCCCCAUUGGCCCAAGCCACAUGAUCUCUCACCACGCGCAUGGCGCAGCCAUCAAGCCGGACCAAGAGUCGUGCUUCGUGAACCGCAUGCCUCACAUCGUUUUCGGAAUCGGUGCCGCGCCUCCUCCGCCACACGGGUCAGGGAGUCAGGAGAUGGACGCGGCCAGGACGUAUUCAGAUAACAUGGCCACCGCGAUCAAGGAGCGUGGGUUAGCACUCGACAGUGCGUAUAUGAACUUCUCGCCCCCGGAAGAGUGUGACACGGAGUUGUUUUACGGGAAGGAGACGAUGGAGAGGCUGAAGGUGCUUAAGAGGAAGUAUGAUGGGGAGAAUAUCUUCUUCAAGGCUUAUCCUUCACUUACAUGAUAAUUUGAGCCCAGAAUUGGCAUUGGUUGAUCUCAGCCCUGAGAAGGUGAACUGACAACGAGUGAAUGAUGAAUGGGGAAGUGAAUCGC